AUGUCGGAGUACUGGAAGUCAACGCCAAAAUACUGGUGUAAACAUUGCAAAACCUUUGUCCGCGAUACCAAGCUCGAAAAGACCAAUCACGAAGCAACACCCAAGCACCAGGGAAAUCUCAAACGAUUCCUGCGGGACCUUCACAAAGGGCACGAGCGGGAUGAGCGAGACAAGCAGAGAGCCAAAGAUGAGGUCGACAGACUGAAUGGCGUAGUCUCAGCAUCUGGCUCCAAAAGUGGAGGCGCACCAUGGGAGAGAAGAUCAGCUAUCCCGCCUCCAUCCGUGGACGGGAAUCAGCAAGCAACACCGGCAGACAGAAAAAGGCAGCUAACACAGCUAGCAGAGAUGGGUGUCGCUGUUCCGGAAGAUUUCAGGAGAGAGAUGGCGAUGGCGGGAGAUUGGCAGAUUACUUCUGAAAAGGUGGUCUACGAUAAUGACUUUUUCAAGAAAGAAGAGGAGAGUGAAGAUGUGAAACUCGGUGGGCUGAAUGUGGGGAUACGGAAGAGGAAGUUUGAGGGGCAGGAAGAGGAGGAAGAGGCUGGUGAAACAGUGAUUAGGAGAGGGUGGGGUUCGACAAUACGAACGUAUCCUGGAGCGGGAGCUGACGAGGAUGACCUGGCUACGCUGUUGAAAAGUACGAAAAGGGUAAUAAGAGAAGGUGAAGGCUUGCAACCCCUCGGAUCUGGGCGAUCGUCCCGGUCGGAGCAGGCAGACAGUCAUGAUGCAACAAAGGAAGAUCAGGCUGAUCUGGACUCACCAGCAAUCAAGAAAGAGGAAUCUGCAGGUCCCGGUGAGGUACUAGAUACGAUUCUGACCCAGACAGCUGUUGUUGAUGCACCUCCGGAGUCCCUCAAGCAAGAAGAGAACUCUCCAGAUUCUGGGGUAGUUUUCAAAAAGCGCAAGGCGAAACCAAUACGGCAGAAAUGA